AAAUACGAUCUUCUUUGGCCCUAAAAAUAAAAUUCUCUCAUUCGCUGCUCUCUCUCAUCGCUGCUCUCUCUCUCUCUCUUUCUCCACGACUCUUUCUAAGCCGGUCCCUCCACCCUCUCUCUCUAGCUUUAUCGCUGUAGGAAUUGAGAAACCCAGCUCAAUUUUCAGUCCAGCUACAAUGGGCUCAGAAGAGGGAUCAAGGGUUCUCGGUGAGCUUCAAACCAUACAUUUGUCAGUGCAUUUUCAUUGUUUCGGUUGAAUUUUUCUUGUUUUCUUUUUUCAGCUGUAAAUUUGGAUUGAGUUAUGAUGAUUUGGUGUUUCUUAAGCUUUUUUAUUGUAAUGGUUCUUGUUUUUGUGUUUUCUUCUUAUUGUAGGCUAUUGGGUUUUCUAAAAUUAGGGUUUUCUUCCUAUUGUAGGCUAUUGGGUUUUGUAAAAUUAGGGUUUUCUUCCUAUUGUAGGCUAUUGGGUUUUCUAAAAAUAAAUAUAGAAACUACACAACAGGAGCCAGCUGCAACUCCUUUUUUUUUUUCACUCAAUUUAAUAGGAAAAAUGUAGAGAGCGUGAUUUUACAUCAUGGAUCGCUGGCACUUAUAAAAUGUUUUACAUAGCACUUGAAAAACAAGAGUUCAAAUUUGAGGAGUUGUCACUUAAGAAGCAAGGAAUUACUCUUAUCGUGCACUAUGGUUGGUGUCUCUCAAAUUCGUUGUGAAUCAGUUGCUCUGUUUCCAAUUUAUUUUAAUUUUAAUUUUUUUUUUAAAAGAAAUUGUCACUAAAAUUUUCUUACUUCAUCAUCAAUCAAUUGCACAGAGCACCAUCACAUCAAUCACUACAGACUCAACUGAUUGAUUUAACUGUCUAACAAGCUAUUGGUUGUUUGUGAAUAGGGGAGUAAUGGUGAGGAGCCAAUGAAGCUGAAGCUAUAUUCUUCCUGGGGGAGCUCUUGCUCUUGCCGUGUUCGUAUCGCUCUCAACUUCAAAGGAUAAGUUCUCAUCUAGUGAAGAUAAAGUGGAAGUUGUUAUUAAGAUUUUUUAAAUUGAUGUCAUUCCUGUUAUUGUGAACUUCAGAAGGAUUUGAAAGACUAAUUGGUAAAUUUGGGUUGAACUUUAGUCUUGAACAAGCUGAAGGCCCUUAUUGUGGAUUAUAAUUUUUACAAUUGCAGCACCCUACGGUCUUACCAUAUUUUAGAGUGCUUUCAUCACUUCAUACUGAUGUUGAAUACCCGGUGUUCUCCAAAUAAAUUCAAGGAAACGGUUUGCAAUUUAAGUGAAGACAAAAAGGUUGCCGUACAAGAGAUUGGGUUUGGGUCCCUUUUAGACAUCGAGUGUACCAUUUUGAAGCGCAACCUGUGCUUAUGGUUGGUAGAACACUUUGACCCUAGAACAUCUCAUCUCACCCUUGAAUCUGGCGCUCGGAUCCAUGUUACGCCAAGUGACGUUGAAGAGGUACUUGGCCUACCCUCGGGAAGAGGAGAAGAUGUGCCAAAUUAUAUUGUACAAAGUGUGCAUUGGUUAGAAAAUGGCAUUUUUUUAAAGGACGGUGUAAUAGAAGUGCCAAACUUAGUGCAUCAAUUAGACGUUCUUCCUGUUGGGGAUGACUUCAAGAGGGCUUUUGUCCUUUUCGCUUGCGGAUCACUUCUAGCACCCAUAUCGAAAAAUGAGACAAGCAAAAGGUUAUUGGCAGCGGUUGACAAUGUGGAUGCUAUUAAAUCGUAUAAUUGGGGGAAGUUUGUUUUAGAUUGGUUGAAAAAAGGAAUUGCGUCCUAUAAAGGAAAGGAAGGAAGAGAAGGUUGUACAUACAUACAUGGAUGCUUGUUCUUUCUCAUGCUUUUCUACCUACACCGUGUGGAUGUCAAUGGACCAAAACCGAAGCCUGAGAUGUCAUGCGUACGUGGAUGGACCAACAAAUUAAUAGGCGAGAGGUUGAAUUUGGAGAAGCAUAAAUAUAAUGGUUUCGGCUUCGGUGAGGUAAAGUUUACAACUGAUACAUCUGAAGAUGCCGAUAAGGAGUUGGCAUAUGAAAUUAUUAAAGUUGUUAAGAAAUGGAAGCAACGGCACAAUGUAGGCCAAGGCAGGGGGUCGAGAUCCUCAGAACCCAGUUCAUCCACACGACAACCUAACCCAUCUUCGCAAUUGUUUGCACAACACAAUCCGAUUGAGGAGGAAGAUGAAUCCCACAUACCAGUGGAGGAGGAAUUCGAAACCUCCACAAGACAAGCAAACUCACCCUGGCAAUCUUUUACAAAACACGAUCCCAUGGAGGAGGAAGGAGAAAUCCCCGCACCAAUGGAGGAGGAAGUGGGAACCUCCACAGCAAUGGAAGAGGAGCGUGAUGUGCAGGAAGCAGUGAUCCCUUUAUUACGUGUUAUAAAGCCUGGGCGCCAUAAGGGAUCACCUUGGGUUGAAAUGAAGGUCAACCGAUUGCGUGUCCUUCGUCCAGAAGCAAAGGCAGUCAUCUCAUAUGCCAUGGAUGAGAGCAGAAAUGAUGAUGAAAUGCUGGUGAACAUAAAUGAUAUUUUCCUCACAAGAAAAGAGAUGAGAACAAUCUCUUACAAUCAUUGGAUAUCAAAUAUGGUGGUUGAAGUCUAUUGCCAAAUGCUCCAGCUGAAACAAAAGCGUAGAGGAACCAAAUUUUUCUUUCCGCCUUCGAUUGGGAUUGAACUUUCCAAGAUACCUUCAAAAGUGGUUGAUAGGAAAGGUAAAAUACAAGCAGUUUGGAACAACUAUAAAAGGAUAAGGAAUGUCGAUGAUAACAAAGUUUGCCAAUUCAAUAUGCUUUUCUUUCCAAUACUUGUAAAUGAGAAACAUUGGUGCUUGUAUGUCUUUAACAUUUGCGAUAGUCGUAUGGAUGUGUUGGAUUCAAACAAACAUUCUUCGCAUGAUAAGCGUACUCCAGACAAGAUGUCAAAAGAUUUGGUAAUGUUGGUUGAGGUAUUCACCGGAAGAGAUCUACAAAACUUCAUAUACAAUGUGCCCAACGUACCUCAACAGCCCGAUAGUCUUUUAUUCAGUGAUAGUUGUGGUGCUUUCAUGUUGGACUUCAUGGAGAAAUGGGAUGGUUCACUCAGUCACCCAAAAGAGAAGGUGGAUGUUGAUAGAUUACGUGCAAUUAUUGCUUCAAAUUUGCUUUCAGAUGACAAUAACACAAUGAAGGAUUUUGUAAAGAACAAAGCACUUUAUCCAUUUGGUCAAGCAUGUUGAUUUCAACUAACAAGGUACCAUUUACCUCAAGGAACCUCACAUACCAGUAUUUGCCCAGUUGGAAGCUAGAGGAAGUGGGAUAGGACGAUCGUUGAAUUUUCUAAAAAGUGGUACCUGAAAUGAUGUGGGAUAUGGGACAUUUGUAUUGUUGAAUAGUGUCAUUUUUUUUUCAUGUAUUUUGCACUCUGUUGGUGUUAGCUAUUUUUAAAGUUUUAAAGAAUAGUAGCUUUGCAACUUUUGAUUGUGGAUUAGGUUGGUAUAUUUUUGCAACUAUUGUAUGGCUUUGAAUUUUGGCAUCUACCUUACAUGAAAUCAAAUGAAGUUGCUCUUUUGGGUUCUCAGGAAUUAGUAUUG